AUGGCAGAGUCAUCAAAAACUGAGCCAGAUGCCGUGGACAUUCUAGAAAGACAAAUGAUGUCUUUCUGCAAUCUGAUUCCUGUCAGUUCGUGGGGCUUUGAUGACGACGUCAAAGAAUCGCUGAAAAUGCGAAAACACAGCUUGGUUAAUCGUCAGCUUAGCAAAAAAGAAAGAAAAUCCAUGCCAGCACAACAAAAACAGCACUUGGCAAAAGGAUUAGGAUUAGUUCCAAACACUGUCCAAGAAGUACUUGAAUGGAUGUCAAACAGCAAACAGCAUUCGAAAGUACAACCGCAGAAAAACGUGACACCAAUAAAGAGAACAUCUGCAGGAGACGAGAAAAAGGAUGUCUCCAAGUCGAAAAAAAUUAAGAAGGAAGAAAAUAAGCCAACAUCAGACUCCGAAGAUUCUUCCGAUGAAGAGGAAAAUGACGAUGAUAAAAAUGAUAUAAACGAGGGUCAAGAGCCAGUUCCGAAAAAGCUCAAGCAAGCAGAAUCUUCUGAUGAUGACGACGAGGAUGAUGAUAAUACAGGAGAUGGUAGAAAGGCUGAAGAUAAGGAUGGAGACGAGGACUCGACAGAUGAGGAAGAAGAUGAGGUUCCAGCGAAAAAACCCAAAGUUGUGAGCACAUCAACCCUCAAAUCUAAUGAUAAAAUUGACAAUGAAAUCAAACAGUUGGAGGAAGACGAAGAUAAUGAAUCGCCUGAAAUCAAGCGUCAAAUCGCGUUACUCCGUCUUCAAAAAAAGCUGAAAGAAAUGAAAACUGAACGAAAAGGAAAAGGGCCGGCUAAGGUAACUGCUGCAAUGGCUGAGAAGCUUGUAGAAGAGAAACGUUUGAAACGAAGAGAAAGUAAACUCAAAUUGAAACAAAGACGCGCCGAGGAGAAGAAAGUAAAGGAAGAGACUCCAAAAAUCAAGACAGAAGUCAUUGAGAACGUUGAGAACGAUGGAUCAGAGAAGAAAAAAUCGGGUAUCACUUUCAACAAUCUCAAAUUUGUAAUCAAAGAGGACAAGCAAAGAGGAAAGAGGCAAAGAACGGCCAAGAAAGACCGAGCUCUUAAGCUAACUGGAAGAGAUUACAAGUCUCUUAUUGCUAAAGUCGAAGAAACAAAAGCCACUAUCGCAAAAGUACGAGAAGCAGAUCCACACAAAGCAACCAUUAUGGAAGAUGAGUUGAAAUGGGAGAAAACAUUGAAGAGGGCUGCUGGUGGAAAAGUUAAAGACAAUCUGGAAAUGCUGAAAAAGGCUCUUGCUAAGAAGAAUAAGCUGAAGGACAGAAAGAAGCAGAAGUGGGAGAACCGUGACAAGAAAAUCGACGGAGAAAAGGAAACGAAGCAAGAGAAGAGAAAGAAGAACCUCCAGAAACGCAUUGACGAUGUCAAAAAGAGAAAGAUGAACAAGCUCAGAAACAAGGGAAGAAUCCUUUAA